AUGAAGCUCAUCCUGUUGUCUGUGGUGGGGCUUCUCCUGGUGGUGGGAGAGGGAACUGCAGACAGAAUCCUGUCCAGAAGGACCAAGAGGGAGCUCGCAAGCCCUCUUCAUGUGGGUGGCAUCAGGGACCCGUUUGGUUCCUACUGUCAGAGGAGAGGAGGCUGUUGUCCUGGCAGAGAUGACCUGUGCACAGUGCCGUACCUGGACACCAUCUGCUACUGUGACCUGUUCUGCAAUCGCACCGUCUCCGACUGCUGCCCAGACUUCUGGGGCCAUUGUCUAGGAGUGCAGCCACCUUUUAUUGGCACCUGUGAAAGAAAUGGAAACAGGUUCUUUACAGGACAAACAUAUAAGGAGAACUGCAAUUUAUGCACAUGUGGGACUACAGGGCGCUGGGAGUGUGAGCAGCAUGCCUGUCUGAUUGAGUCUGACAUGAUUCGUGCUGUGAACAGAGGAAACUACGGGUGGAAGGCAGCCAACUACAGCCAGUUUUACGGCAUGACUCUGGAUGAGGGCAUCCGGUUCCGCCUGGGCACUCAGAGACCCUCCAGGACUAUUAUGAACAUGAAUGAAAUCCAGAUGAACAUGGAUCCUCAGACUGAGCAGCUGCCGCUCUACUUCAACUCAGUCGAGAAGUGGCCUGGAAAGAUUCAUGAACCACUGGACCAGGGCAACUGUGCUGCGUCUUGGGCUUUCUCAACUGCAGCUGUGGCAUCAGACAGAAUCUCCAUCCAGUCUAUGGGUCACAUGACUCCUCAGCUAUCCCCACAAAACCUCAUAUCCUGUGACACGCGUAACCAAGGAGGCUGUGCAGGAGGGCGUGUCGAUGGAGCCUGGUGGUACCUCCGGCGCAGAGGAGUGGUGACAGAAGACUGUUACCCAUACCGACCCCCUCAGCAGACCCCAGCAGAGGUGGGUCGCUGCAUGAUGCAGAGCCGCUCCAUUGGCCGGGGGAAGAGGCAGGCCACCCAGCGCUGCCCCAACACUCACAACUACCACAACGACAUCUACCAGUCCACACCACCGUACAGGCUCUCCUCCAAUGAAAAAGAGAUUAUGAAGGAGAUUAUGGAUAAUGGCCCUGUGCAAGCUAUUAUGGAGGUCCAUGAGGACUUCUUUGUCUAUAAGAGUGGGAUCUACAAACACACUGACGUCAGCUUCACCAAACUUCCACAGUACCGCAAACAUGGCACACACUCGGUCAGGAUUAUCGGGUGGGGAGAGGAGAGAAACUUUGAUGGCACAUCCAAAAAAUACUGGAUUGCUGCCAACUCCUGGGGAAAGAACUGGGGAGAGGAUGGUUACUUCCGUAUCGCUCGUGGAGAUAAUGAGUGUGAAAUCGAAGCUUUCGUGAUUGGUGUGUGGGGCAGGAUUACAAUGGAGGACAUGCACAACCACCAUCACCACCAUCGUCGCCGACACAUUUAGGAACUCAACAGAUGUUCAAACCCCAUGAGACCAUUUUUUCUGUCCCAUCUAUAUCUGGUUGUUACAGGAGAGGAGAACUUUACUACAACCCCUUAUCCACCACAUUGGCUGGGACACAACACCAGAGCCCCUUUACCCUCUUCUUUUACACCCUACUUUGCUCUGGGGGUCAGUAAAACCCCUCAUCUCCACCCUCUUUCCCCGUUUAGCAAAACAACACUCCCCACUUCCUCUGUAACUCAAGGUUUACGGCACCAAAAAAAACGAAAAAGCUAAGUUCAAGAUACCACAUAAGGCACCUCAGGUACCUAUAGUUCCAAAGACCACACCUCCUAGAAUCCUCAGUAUCUUAUCUGCCCAAAUGCAGAAAAACGGAGAAGCUGAAUCGGAUUAUUUCAGUCUUUUAUGUGCUUCUUUGUCUUUAGUCUUUUCUGGCUCUAAAUAUAUAAUACAGGCGGGAGCCAAACCCAGAGGGACAGCUUAGAAAAAAGUGGAAAUCUGAGAGGCAGAUUGACAGAGACAGGGAGCCACACCCAGGUCAACUGUGUAACACGAUAUUAUGUCAUAGAUGACCUUACUGACAUCUACCUGUUAGCUAUACACAAACACAGAUGGCUCCUGCCCUCAGCUUAAAGGUGGAGUAAGCAAUUCUGGAGAGAGUGUUGAUGUUCGAACUCAGUAGCUAAACAUGUACCUCCUUCAGAAGCACAAACGCCAAAAUGCAUGUCCACACAUUACCAAGGCAGCAACAUGCAAUUCAGUGAACAUAUACAUAUCAUAUACAGAUGUUGCUCUGACUUUUUGGUUUAUCUGCCAUCAUCAUCAUCUGCAACUAAUAUGCAGCUUGUUCAGUCCUCCACUAUAUGAACAAGAUACUUAGUUUUAUUUUAUUAAUCAAUGGACAACAUAUUUGGUGUAGUAGCCACCUGAAUACACACACCUGAUUGGUCCACAGAAGUUCUCCCUUGAAACAGGCUAUAUUAUAACUUUUAUUUUUUAACAACAAUCCCAUUUCUAUUAAUAUCCCCUGAUGCAAAAAUGAUCCUAAAAAUGCACCUUAAAUACAUUUAUGGGAAUGUGUCAUAUGACUCCUGUUUUAAUGCUUUAGCCUCCACCAUUCUACCAGUUUGGAGCCUCAUUUAGCUACAGCUUUGAAGAGCCAUAAUAUUUAGAUGACUAUAUUUAAACUAAAAGAUGGGGCUAGGGAAGUGCAAGGGGGGAUGCCUAAGCUAAAACUACUGCUAGCUGAAUGACAUGAUAACACAGUAAACUUUGUGAAAGAUUUGUGGGAGGAAAUUAUUUAAUGGUCUUAUAGUGUUGCUUCUUAAGCCAACUACAGUUGAGCUGUCUGGGAAAAAAAACAACAAAAACUAAAAUUAAAUAAACACAAGCUCUGAAAGCUGAAUGUAACAUCUCAAACACAAAAACAGCGGAGGCUUAAAAUUGCUUACUCUACCUUUAACAGGUGACACUUGUGUAUAGUUUGGAGCUGCAGGCAGUAAUGUUUCUUAACCAUUCCAGUAACGUAGAAACUGACACUGGAAGCAGAAGAGAGGUAUAAGAUUGUAGCAAUCUCUGAUUUAAGGUUUUGGUGAGACUUAACCGACCAUGAACCGAUCAUGACCACAGAACAACCGAAAACCUUCUAUACUUGUCUAAAAGCGAUACAAUUUAAUAGUAAAAACAAUGUCUCGAUUCUGACCAUCAGCCCUUAUUUUUAUACUGGGAAGGACAAUGUCAGUCAUGAUAAAUGUAAAAGUCCUCACCAAUCAAGUGAUGAACCACGUUCAAUAUAAUAUUAAAAAGCCAUGCUGCAUUUUCUGACCCUGCCCUCUUAUUGAAAUCAUUCAAAUCAAUCCAUUCAUGUGUUAACCGGUUAAAAAGAUUGUAAUGCCUUGAAGACCACUGCAAAAUAAAAGUGUUCAUGUAUAGUAGUCUUAAUUUGCUGUUCUGUGUACACUGUUACUGUUUGAGCUAAAGAUGUUAUUUUUGUGGCAGUUAUAUUUUAAUUUUUAUUUUACUACUUGUAAGAUGUACUGUAUAUAGUAACUUUCAUAACACACUCAUCACUUGGUUGCUUAUAUUUGUAACGGUUCGACCACAGCGAAGGGGAUGAGAGGGGAUGCUGCUGCUAAAAUCUAGUCUGUGCUACAUUAUACAGUAUAAUAACUGUCUGUAGUUUGAUGCCUUUUGCAUUAACAUUGCCACUUCUUACUAAUGCUGAAAUGCCAGUUGAAGUCACACAGGUUACAAACAAGCUACAUGUCAUGUUUAUGUUCUUAUUACUUUCUUUUGUUAUUGUGUUAUGGUGGAAAACUUUCCCAUGUUCACCCUCAACUGACUGCAACAGUUUUCUCUGUGGCCUCCAUUGCCUUAUGUUUUGACAUGAAUUACAGGCUGAUUGAGGGAUUUUUCUGAUCUUUUUCAAGCAAAGCCUCACUUGAAAAGGAAAGCCUGGUGCAUGAUUACCACUUACCAUAAAUUACAUUGUGGUGUGCUUCACGUGUAACUUCAAAAGGCCUUUUCACUUCUAUAUAAUAUCUCAUGAUCUUUAAAGACCUUCUGCCAUCUCCUUCAGGCAUGGUUAGGCAGAUAAACAUUAAAGCAAAAGAGAAAUGUGUGGAUGGACAGGCAAUGUGCAAUGUGGUGGAGGGGCUGUAGAUAUAUCUGUUUUAUUUCAUGUUUCUCAUGCAAUGAACUCAUCCUUUUUCCAUAAUUACUGUAUAAAAAUGAACAAGAGCAGAAAAUGAUCCAGAGCCGCUCAUUAUUAAUGAGUUUUUACAGGUUUACAGCGCAUGACAACAAACCAAAACAAUGUGAAGAUCUGCUUAACAUUAACACAAAGUAACUGUCAGUUUUCUGUUAGCAGGAAGAGAUUCUUGACUUCUUUAUUGACAUCUGUAAACUUGUUGCUUUUGCUGUUUCAUAGAGAGAAACAGAUUAACAAACAAGUCUGUAGUACAUAGAUUUGUCUGCAUUAAUCCUCACUGCCAUUGCAGGCACCUUUUUUUUUUUUGUCGUUACAGUUUAUUCAUCUUUUUCUUUUUACCAAUAAACUUGGGAAGCUUUCAACUUUUAUUUAAAGAUGUUCGAUAGCCACUUUGCAAAAAGAGUGACAGACAGGUGUAACUGUAUAUCUUUGGCCUUUUCUAAAAAAAGCAAAGUACUGGGUUUUAGUGGGGAUCAGACCAAAGCUGGAUUCAUCUUUUUCUUUCCUCUCAUCUUCAGUGUCCAGAUAUGUUUAAUUAGGGGCCCUUCUGAUUCAUUCUUGACAAAUUAUGAUGAAUAUGCAGAAAAGAUGGGUUAAAAAUCCAAAAUCCUGGACAUUUUCCUCUAUUAUGUGCUACAUUUAGAGUUAUGAUUGUAUUACAUAGUGAUUUAGAUGGGACCAAUAUAACAAAGCUACUGUGUAAACUCAAGUAUAACCCACAGAACAAACCUCUGUUUAAAAACCACCUGAGCUGCAGCAGUCAUCUAUACAGAAGCUGUGUACUUACUGUAAAAUGAACCACUCCAUAUUCACUGAUGUGUAGUCUUUAUUUAUGACAAGAUGUGUAAAUUAUAUGCCUUUUAUUCUCCUGUUUUCCCUGUGCAAUGUUUUAUUAUUAUUAUUAUUAUCUCCCCUGUUUCUUGUACUGUGUGCACUAAAUGCAAUACACCUGUGCAACACAAUAAAGUCUUUCCAAAACCA